AUAAAUCAUAACCUCCAAAGGUUUGUUGAUUAAUGGUGGUCGCUUGGUGGUCGUAAAUGGUGGUUUAUUUUAAAAAUAAGUAAUUAUAGAAACAAAGAUCUGUUCAGUCAUGGAAGAAGAGUACGAUGAUAGACCGUGGGAUAGUGGAGAUCGCGAUAAUGAGUCUGAAGGACCAGAAGACGCCGAACUACCAGAGCAAGUUCUCGCUGAUUGCGCUGAGAAAUUUGCCACUCCUGAUUAUAUUAUGGAGCCAGGUAUAUUUUCUCAGCUCAAGAGAUACUUUCAAGCAGGAGGAAAUCCAUUGCAAGUUAUUGAAGAACUUUCCCAUAAUUAUACAGCCGUUGCCCAAAUGGCAAACUUGAUUGCAGAAUGGUUGAUUAUUGGAGGAGUAAAAGUACAAGAUGUGCAAGCUAUGGUUGAAAAUCACUUGAAGGAAAUGAUUUUGAAAACUUUUGACCCAAAGAAAGCAGAUACAAUUUUUACCGAAGAGGGUGAAACACCUGCUUGGUUAACACAGCUAAUCGAACAUCCUACUUGGCGUUCUUUGAUAUAUAGACUUGCAGAAGAAUAUCCUGAUUGUCUUAUGCUCAAUUUUACUAUUAAGCUCAUAUCAGAUGCUGGAUUUCAAGGUGAAAUCACAAGCAUAUCAACUGCUGCACAGCAACUGGAAGUGUUCUCAAGGGUGCUUAAGACUUCUAUAACUAGUUUUCUAACAAAUCCUGACGAAUGGCAGAAUACUAGUAAAGAAUGUGCUAAAAUGGUAUGCCAUGGGCAGCAUACUUAUGUCUAUAGUCAGCUGGUCAUUCAUAUACUGGCUAGAGAAGCGAAGGGAGGUUCGAGUAUGAAGAGAUUAUCACAAGAAAUUACUAAGUGUGCACAAAAAAACGGGAAUGAUAUUACACCAAUAACCAUGGCGUUGAAUGGUGCAUCUGCCUAUCCACAAGCCUGUCAAGCACUUACAGCGAUGUUAUCAAAAAAUACACUUAAUCCAGCUGAUAUAUCUGUUCUUUAUCGCAACUAUAACGCACCAGAUCCUCCUCCAAUUGAUUUAAUAAGAACACCACAAUUUUUAGAACUGUUAGUGGAUGCUUUGUUCAAGCCUGGUGUAAAGUUAAAUCCCGAUCACAAACCUAAAUAUAUCCAUUUGCUAGCGUAUGCAGCUAGUGUCAGUGAAGUACAACCAAAAAAAGGUCAGAAAAGGGUUUGCAAUAAGGACGAGUUGCAGCCUACAGUAAGGGCAAUUGAAACAGUGCAUAAUAUUUGCAAUGGUAACAAAGGAAGUUCCGAAUUGAUGGCUGAAUUAGCGACCCUUUACCAAUCUCUAAGAUUUCCUGUGGUGUCUUUAGGAGUGAUUAGAUGGGUAGAGUGUACUGUAACAGAACCUAGUUACUUUAAGCUAUCCACAGAACACACCCCAAUACAUUUAGCUCUGUUGGACGAGGUGGUUACUAGUCACACUCUAUUACAUAAUCAAGUUUUAGAUCUCUUAAUUCGUUUGUUUGAGUCCAAACAGGAUGAAUUGGAAAUUUUAGUACAGUUGGAAAUGAGAAAAAUGGUACUGGACAGAAUGGUUAACUUACUUUAUUCUGGAUGCGUCGUUCCAGUGGUGAAAUAUAUUAAGCAGUGCUGGCAAAGGGGCGACACCGAUAUCUCCUUGAUCAGAUACUUUGUGACGGAAGUACUGGAAACCAUUGGACCCCCAUAUAGUUCCGAGUUUGUCCAUUUAUUCAUGCCUAUGGUUGAAAAUGAUGAAAUUACAGGAACCAUGAGAGGAGAUGGUGAAAAUGAUCCAGUUUCAGAAUUUAUAGUAUACUGCAAGGCAAACUAUACUACAGUUAUUUGAAGAACUUAUUAGGGAAAUGAUCAAGACUGUUUAAAUAAUGUAGGAUUUACAUAAAAAAUAUACGUUUUUAUACCUAGGUACUAUCAUUUUUUAUUGAUAUUUAUUUGACAUAGUAAUCAAAAAUAAAGAAUAUAUAUGUAUGUAACUAUUUUCUGUUACCA